AUGGAGAAGACCGAGGUGGCAAGGGCGACAAAGGAUCAACCGAGGGAAAGAGGGAAGCGAAUGGAUGCUUGCAAGGCGAUAGGGAAUGGUGGAUUCGUAGAAAGAAGGCGAAUAAUUGGGACAGGACGUCCAGUAAUUUAUGUUGACUCGUGUUUUUUUAUUUUUGUUCGGAUGGGCAGGUGGAUGAAAGUAAAGGAAGCUAGGUAA